CUGUUCGAAACUGGCGACGAAGAAUUCACAUUCGUCGUGUUACCCUUUAGCAUCGGCGUAUUCGGCACAUUCGACACCAAUGUCUACGUCAGUGUCAACGGGCGCCUCUCACUGUACGGGGCCAAUUAUGCCCACACGAAUUACCAGCUUCCCGAUACUUACCUACCCUCCGUUUCCAUGCUCGCCUACUACGAUGAUCUGAAUCUCACAUCCUCUAACCAUAUUGUUGCCUACCAGGUACUGGGCUCGGUCUCUGGUAGUCGCAACGUCACUUUCGAGUGGGUCACGGAGCACUGGCAGUUCAGGAAUCAGGUUUAUCACUUCACAGCGACGUUCGAGGAGGCCCAGCCCGGUAUUGUCACCUACCGGUAUUAUACCAUAUCGGAUAAAGGUCGGAGUGCGACUGUUGGCGCCCAGAACCUUCUCAGGAGAAAUCAGCCAAAGUUCACGCAGUACACCUUCGACACCCCGAACUCCGUUCGUGAUAGAACAUUUGUGCGUCUGAACACCACGGGUGCUGGCAGUUUCACCACGGGGGCGGUCGAGAUGGCAGAUGUUUUCCCGAACGCAGAGAUCAUUGGGAAUGACUUAAGCGCCAUUCAGCCUUCAUGGGUUCCCCCAAACGUCAAGUUUGAGAUUGACGACGUCGAGAGUUCGUGGGUCGGCACCAAGAAGUUUGACUACAUUUUUGUCCGUCACAUGCUCGUCGCCAUUGCUGAUUGGCCAAAGCUGGUCAAGAAUGUAUACAAGCAUCUGGACCCCGGUGGCUGGGCCGAGUUCCAGGAUUUAAACUCCGAAUACUACUCCGACGACGGCACCUACACUGAGGAGCACGCGACGCGAAAGUGGAACAAGCAGUUUGUAGAUGCUUGUGAAGCUAUGGGUAGAACAGGUUGUCCUGGCCUGAAGCUCCAAGAUUGGGUGAAAGACGCAGGUUUCCAGCGCAUCACCCACCAGAGGUUCAAGUGCCCCGUGGGUCCAUGGGCGAGGGAUCCUCAUCAUCGAGAGGUUGGAAUGCUUAACCUCAUCCAAACUUUGGAUGGACUAGAAGCGUUUUCCCUCAAGCUCUUCUGCGAUGUUCUUGGCAAGACCAAAGAGGAAGUGCUUGUGAUGUUGACCAAAGUUCGUUCGGAAGUCAAGAGCAACACGUUCCAUGCCAUGUUUGAUCAUCACGUGGUCUAUGGACAGAAGCCCGAGGAUAUCGAAGAUGAACAAGCCGAUGAGUGA